AUGCAGAGUGAUAAUCUUAUUUGUUUGCUGCAGAAGAGGGCGGAGCAAGCAGACUUACAACUGUCAGCUGAUAACCUUGCUACAGGAGACCACACUGCAGCCGAAUUGAAAAUCGCAGAGGCUCAUCCAAGUUUUGUGAUGGGAUUCAUCUCGGUUAAUCCUGCGUCUUGGAAAUGGGAGAUGUGUAUCCGUGUAUGA